AUGAAUAAUAAUUUUGGAUCACAUUUCCAUCUAAAAACAGAUUUACCUAUUCUGCCAUAAUCAGAAGUUUUUAUUAGACAAUAUUCAUAAGAAGUAAAUUAUUUAUAUAUAUUAUAGAAUGAUGCAAUUUGUAAUAAUCAUGCUCGGACUUACAGUUUAGGAAUCGAAAAGGUUAGCUCCAAUAAAUUCAAUACUAUCUCAUAAAUUGACACAGGGAAACAUGAACUAAACUUAGCUAGCCCUCUUAUUCUUAAUUAAGUAAACUUUAUCUAUUAUCAUAGUAAACGGGAUCAGAAUUCUAAAUUAAUGUUGAUAAUAUCAUCUAAUUCAAUCAAUAAUGUAUGAUAAAAGUAUAUUAAAUAAGCUCUAACUUUUAUGAAUUCCAAUUAUGCUACCAACAAUUUUAUUAAAUUAGGAUCAAACAAUGAAUUAUUAUAAAAUGAAGAUGAUGUUAGACCAUUUACUCCACCAUAAGAGGAACAUAAUUUUGAAAUCAAUAACUUAAAUGAUGUAAUGCAAUCUCCAAGAAAAUCAUGUAAAUUUAAAGCAGCUGGUAACUUAGUAUUAGGAAUAAGAAGAUUAUAAUAAAAUGUUGUUGAAUAAAUUACAUCUUCAGUACUAUUUAUAGAUAUUAGGAAUAAUUUUAUGAAAAAUUUAACCCAAGUCCAUGUUAAACUACCAAAAAUAUUCAUAAAGUUCAUCCUAUUUAAGAAUAAAAAGAAUUCUAAGUGAUAG